GCCGGGCGCGUCCCCGCUGCCCUGCCCGGGACCGGCCGGAGCCAACGCGGCUGCUCCGCCUCCGGGGGGGCGGCCCAGCCGCUGGAGGCACCGCCGGCGCCGCAGCCCCCCCGCGGCAGACAGUGCGGGGCUGGUGGCAGCGGCUGCUCCGGGCAGAAUAGGGAAGAAACAUGUUCAAGAUGAACUGUGUCCUGUUAACCGCCUGCAUCGUUCUGGGGGUGUUUUGUAGUUCUGGUUAUACCCUAAGGUGUUACCACUGCGAGAACAGCCCUUCCUUGUGCAAGACCAAUAGCACUUGCUUAGCAAAUGAAGAUACUUGCUUGCAGAUGAAAUUUGGUAAAUUGAGAACUUCCUCCUGCUGGAAGGCAUCCCAGUGCAGUAUGAAUGAAAUUGCUGAAUUCUUCCAGCUGGAUAACUUUGAUUUCUUCUGCUGCCAACACGACUUGUGCAACGAGGGAGCGAUUACUGGCCUUAACAAAGCCGCCUUCAGUAUUGCCUCUGUAAUGACCGUAUUGUGGGUGCUUCUGUAAUCAUCCUGAUUUGUAUGCCGUACUUUCGAGCUGAAAUGAUACAAAAUUGUUAACUCCUUUCUGCAUCAUACUUCUCGCAUUUUGAGUUCCUAACUGUGGGCUGAAAUAUCACCUUUUAGUUUCAAAUUUUGUUUCCUGUUAAAUCACUGUCUCCAUUCACGGGGAGGAGAUGUGUAUUGUUACCAGUUACAAGGAAUUCGGGUAUUUUAGCCUGCUAUAUUCAAGGGGAAAUUAACUUCUUACGAAGUAGCGUUGUCUUGUGGAGAACCUGGGCAAACUUCAGUGGGUGAUGUGAAAGGGAAGGAAUACUAUAGGUGUUAUGCUGGAAAACUGCAGAUUUUUUUACCAUCCCAUAAACCAUACUUGGUUUUGGUUGGGAUUUCUGUGGGGUUGUUUUUUGGUUGGUUGGGUUUUUUUGUUGCUUCUUGUCAUACCCCAAGGGGUGGAUUUGCCCUCAACACAAGAAGUGUGGGAUCAUAAGUAUAAACUCGCUGCAGUCUUCAUUAUGAGCAUGGAAGUAUUUUCUUUCAAGCGCUGUAGAGUCUUUGUUCCCAUUGCUGUAAGAAAUCUCUUUUCUUUUUACAAGCCAACGCUAGAACAUUGCAAGUACUGUUACUUUGAGAGAAAACAUCUCCAUUUCUAAAACCAAAACAACUCUACAUAAGUGAGGAACACUUUUCUCUCUUUUUAUGUGUCUGUGAGCAUGCAGACAACACAUAUUAGCUUCUUUUGCAAGCUCUUUUAUUUUCCCCCUUACACUUGAUCCAUGUCUAAGCAUGGAUAGUUUUAGUUUUAACUUAGUUUUAACUAAGCACGUGCUUUGCACAGAGUAUUUGUUGGUAUACUGAAAACUGUUUAUAAAAUGCUAAGGAGGUGCAAUGGCACAUCUAGUUUAUUUUCCCACGUAGUUGGCUUUUGGGUUUUGUUAUGAACGGUGAUACGUAAACUUAAACCUUCAAACUUCCACCUAAGAGUAUUAAACAAAACCUUGCAGAACUUUAUCUUUUGACUUUUACGCAAUUCUAUAAAUGCCAAUACAAAAUAUAUUUAUAUAGCAUGAAUAAAAACUGCUCGGUUUGUAUGCCUAAGAGAGCUGGAGCCGAAAUAUUCUGUACCUUGCUCUGCCUCAGUGGUGGACACAGACCUUGGAUAUUUCUCCAGGGACCUUCUCAAUCAGGUACAAUGGCAAAUUCUCCUUUUUCUCUUCUGGAGCUCUUGGCAUGGCCCUGCAAGAGUCCCAGUCCAUUGCCAAUGGCACAUUCUCUUUCUGAGCACCCUCACUUGUGCUCUGUGGGGUGUCAGUGACAUCAGUUCACCCAGUCGUAACGAGGGUGUUACUUGGAAUCCAUGAUGUAUUCUGCAAUGUAUCUUUUGGUUAAGCUUAUCGUAGCUAUGAAAGCAUCCUGGGAUCAAUCCAAUCGCUCAAAAUAUGGAAGUUGUGUUGUCUUUGAUUAAUAAAAAUUGUCAAAAAAGAAAA